CCAGGCUGCCGCCCCCCACCCAGCAGCAGUAGGGACUCGACGCCGCCGCUCCCUCCGUGUUCUCUUCUCUCCCGACGCCACUCCCAUCACCGGCCGUCGUCGUCCCGCCCUCCAUGGCCGGGCAGUCCGACCCGCACCUCUCCAUCUUCUCGCCCUCCGAGGUGGAGUUCGUGGCGGAGGAUGAGAUCGUCGACAUCGUUCCCAACAUCCGCAUGGACGCCCUCAACAUGAUCUGCGGGGACUUCGGGCCCUUCUACCCGCAAAUCCUGACCAAGGUGCCGCUCUGGCUCGCUGUCGCGCUCAAGAAGCGUGGCAAGUGCACCAUCCGCACCCCGGAUUGGAUGACUGUUGACCGUUUGACUCAGGUACUGGAAGCAGAGAGAGAGUCCCCUCGAGAAUUCCAGCCAUUACCAUUCCACUAUAUUGAAAUUUCUAAGCUGCUGUUUGAUCAUGCACGUGAUGACAUCUCAGAUGCAUACUUGGUGAGAUCUUUGAUUGAGGACAUCAGAGAUGUCAGAUUCCACAAGGUCGAGACUGGAUUAGAGACAAUAUCUGGACGCACUCAUGCUGUAAAGCUCAAAAAUCUGUCUGCAAUGGAAGUGAACAUUGUCCGUCCUUUCAUGGUGAGAACUUUGCAGGCAUUCUAUAAGCACGAUAGUCCACAGAUGAUUCAGCAAGCAGAUACUACAGGGAGCAGGCCAACACCAGUUACAGACCGUGGUCCAAGAAGAGAUCUAAGACGCAGGUAGUGAGCAUGAUAUGGAUGUGCCUAUCACUUGUAUUUGCAAAUCAUUGGCUGUAUAUCUGAGGACAGCAGUAGUUGAAGGUUGGCAUUGCUUUCUUGCAAUGUUACUAGCUAAGAAUGUGUUAAUGUCCUGACCCCCUGUGAUCUAUCAAGUAUCAAAUAGUAAAGGCAAUGGUGCAUCGUCCAUUUAUUAGAAGUUAAUUACGCUUAAAAGUUUGAUAAGCCGUUCCAUAAAAAAAAGUCUGAUAAGUCAUGCCUCACGCCCAUCGGCCAAUGGCCAGAAUUGUAUUCUACUGCUUAUCCUGGAGUGUACUUGAUGAGAUGGAUGUAUCCAUCCAUGGAUUGUGGUAUGGAUAACACAUGGAUGCCUAGUGCUCAAGUGUUGUUCCUGUCUGUGGGAGCUAUUUGUCUCAGCAGACUACAGUGUGGUUCCCGGUAGCAUAAGAUUUCUUUCUGCACUUUCUUUCAUUGAGAAUUAUGAGCUUAUUGAUACUUGUUGUGAGCCACAGUGAUGGAAGAUGUCAGACACGUUGGUUUUGUCUAGCAACAUGAUGUACCUCCAUUGUUGUUGUAUUGGUGUUA